CCGCCGCCGCCGCCGCGGCGCGCAGAGCGCAGAGCGCAGAGCGGGCUCGCUGCCCUCCUCCCGCGCGCUAUAGAUGCUGCGGCGGCCGCCCGGGAGCAGCCACGCGCCGCGCUCGGGCGCCGACCGCGGGCAGCACCAAGGGGCCGCCGCCGCCGCCGCCGCCGGGGGCCGCGCUCGGGCGCCGCCGGGCCCAGGGGCAGCAGCGCGGAGCGGCGCGGGGAUGGCGCCGCCGGUGCGGGGCGCCGGGGGCUCCCAGCAGUGGCUGGCGGCCGUGCUGCUCGGCCUCUGCUGCCUCCUGCCCCCCGGCCGCAUCGCAGCGCCGGGCGGAGACUUCCCCGGGGUGGCCGCGGACAGCCUGGUGGUGCGCAAGGGGGACACGGCCGUGCUGAGGUGUUAUUUGGAAGAUGGAGCGUCAAAAGGUGCCUGGCUGAAUCGGUCAAGUAUUAUUUUUGCUGGAAGUGAUAAGUGGUCAGUAGAUCCCCGAGUUUCAAUCGCGACAGCAAAUAGAAGAGAAUACAGCCUGCAGAUACAGGACGUGGAUGUGACAGAUGAUGGUCCCUACACCUGCUCUGUGCAAACUCAGCAUACUCCGAGAACCAUGCAGGUGCACUUAACUGUACAAGUUUCUCCGAAGAUAUUUCGUAUUUCAAGUGACAUCAUCGUGAACGAAGGCAGCAACGUUACCCUCGUGUGCCUGGCCACAGGGAAACCAGAGCCUUCCAUUUCGUGGAGACACAUCUCACCAUCUGCAAAACCAUUUGAGAGCGGACAGUACCUGGACAUCUAUGGAAUUACGAGAGACCAGGCUGGGGAAUACGAAUGCAGUGCAGAGAACGACGUCUCAGUCCCAGACGUGAAAAAAGUAAAAGUCACAGUAAACUUUGCCCCCACAAUUCAGGAACUUAAGUCCAGCGGCGUGAUGCUCGGAGGGAACGGACUGAUACGGUGUGAAGGUGCAGGCGUUCCUGCCCCGGUCUUUGAGUGGUACAGAGGAGAGAGGAAACUGAUCAAUGGUCAACAAGGAAUAACUAUUAAAAAUUAUAGUACAAGAUCGCUUCUUACUGUUACCAAUGUGACAGAAGAGCAUUUUGGCAACUAUACCUGUGUUGCUGCCAACAAGCUUGGGACGACAAAUGCCAGCCUGCCUCUCAACCGCAUUCCUGAGAAAGAUGAAGCCUUGAGCAAAUACAGGUGUUACAAAGGCAAAACUCUUGUCAUUAGGGUUGGGCUCCCAGUACAGCCCAGUACGGGAUCACCGGUGAUGCCGAAGUCCUGUUCUCCUGCUGGUACCUUGUGUUGACACUGUCCUCUCUCACCAGCAUAUUCUACCUGAAGAACAUCAUUCUGCACUAAAUGUAAAGAACCCUAAAAGGCUUUUAAGGAUUCUCUGAAAGUGCUGAUGACUGGAUCCAAUCUGGUAGAGUUUGUUAAAAGCAGCGUGGGAUAUAAUCAGCAGUGCUUACGUGGGGAUGAUCGCCUUCUGUAGAAUUGCUCAUUAUGUAAAUACUUUAAUUCUACUCCUUUUUUGAUUAGCUGCAUUACCUUGUGAAGCAGUACACAUUGUCCUUUUUUAAGACGUGAAAGCUCUGAAAUUACUUUUAGAGGAUAUUAAUUGUGAUUUCAUGUUUGUAAUCUACAAGUUUUCAAAAGCAUUCAGUCAUGGUCUGCUGAGUUGCAGACCGUAGUUUACAAAAAAAAAAUGAAAAAAAGGAAAAAGAAUAUUGCAGUAAAAAUGUGCUUCUUUAAGGCUGCAAUACAACAUUCAGUACCCUUCUUUAAAACAUUCUAUCCACAUUUACACAUAAACUUUUCUUUCUUUUGAUAAAAAAAAAAAAAAUCAAUAUUGCCUUCAAAAUCUCUCUUCAAAAUAUUACACAUAUCUAGAUUUUCUUCCAGCAUGAUAUUCAGGUUUCAAGAAUGAGCCUUGUAUUAUAACUGCAUUGUGCAGUACUGCUUUUUGUUUUCUUCCUUUUUUCCUGCAAAUUCAGCAUGGGUGUGCCUUCAUAAAACACUACUUUCCUCUUCCACUCCAACAAUUUUGGAAUGUGUUUUGGGAAAUGCUAAAGCAUCCUUUUGAGCAUAACAAAUCUCUAACUGAGGAUGAAGGUGCUAUUGGCUAGAAAGAAAACCUCCUCUCCCAUCUCCAGUGGGUAACGGAACUGCUUCAGGUGUAUAUUUUUAGGCAAUCAGUGAAGGAUAGCACCAAUUCCUUUUAUUUUUUCCUAUCUAUUAAGCAGUAGAUGAUCUCUGUAAAAAACUAGUUUUCCCAUUACAAAAGAGAACACAAAUCAUUUUGAAACAUCUUUUGAACGUAAGAAGGUUUCUCUUAGUUAUUCUAAAUCAGAAUUCUUAAAUGGCUGUAAAUGUGAGAAACUGAAUUGUCCCUUUUAUAUUACCGGAAAAAAAAAAAAAAAAAAAAGUGAAUUGGUAUUUUUCUUGAACUUAAUUUUGUACUGGUUUGGCUAAUUUAGCAAUGAUAAAGGAUGCUUUUAAAUAUUAGAUAUCUGAAAAUACAUAAAGUAUCAAGCAGAAUUUUAUAUAUAUAUAAUAUAUAUAUAAAAUACAUAUAUAUAUUAAAACAAGGUUGCUCUAAUAAUUGUACUGAAUUGCAUGCUGCCGUCAAUGAUGCAUCUUUACAGACAGGACUUCAUUACUGACAUACUAAUACUGUACAAAUAGCUUACCACAGCAGUUUAGUUCUCAUACAUGAUUUCCUAGGACUGCAGUCUAUCAAGAUAAGACUCUCAUUAACCUCAAUGAAGGAUCAAGUUUCAAAAUAGCAUAUAACAUUCCUAUUUUUUCUAAGCAGCCCCAUACUGCAUCAUUGCAAAAUGUUGCUCACAGUUUACAGCUGAAUUUAAAAAUGCCAUCCGUGUAAAUUGCUGGGACAUGACUGUGUCCAGCAGCCUUUGAAUACAAGAUCUCCUAUUGACAACAAUAAUAAAACCAUUAUCUACGUUAUUAUUUCCCUGUUUCGUAUGUGAACUCUAAUAGGUGACACAAUUAUUAUAAAUAUGACAUUCUUUCUCCUAACAAUAAGGCUUUGUAGCUAGCAAUACCAGAUGAGUACUGUGCAUAUGCAGCAGUUCCAAAUCGAGUUUACAAAUAUCCCCGUUCUGAAAAGGUAAAUUGUGAGUUUGCUUAGACUCAAUAUAUAUACUGUCCCAUGCUAAAAGGUAGUCCAAAUAUGUGGUGAACCUGUUGUUACUGAUUAGCUCAGAUGCAGGGUAUGAAGUGAAAUAUGCUGACUCCAAAAUAUGGCAAUAAAUUGUCCUAGGUCACUCUGCUUUUGUUCAGUGACAGGUUGUACUAUUUCUAUUAUAUCAUUUGCAGCUGCGUGCUGAGCAGUUACUAUUCUGAGAAAUGUGGCAUUUUGUAAAAAACCUUGAAUAACAUGACAAAAUUAAUUCUUUAAGGAAAUGGUAUAAGACCAAUUCAAAUUAUAUGAUACACAGUCCUGAUAUUCUGAUUUCCCUUGUAUUGCAGCUUUAAAGUGCUAUGUUAUAGAACCCCUUCAUAAGAAACAGAGGUGCUGCAGAUAUCAUGUCAGUACAGUUUUAUGAAGAAAGAAAAAGGGGUACCAGUAACCCAACUCGUAUGCCGUGUCUCAUGUAAAACCGAGAGAUGUUUGUAUUCUGGGGCUGGAUCAAAUUAUAUAUUUCAAUUAUAUAUAUUUCAUUUCAGUGAUUCCUAAUAUCUGAAGCCUAACAAUUCCAGCAACAGAAUAGAAUGAGCAGCAGCUUUAUUAAAUGUGAAGAAAAUGAGGAAUGAGGUAUUGACUGUUAGCAGACACAGAGCCACUGGGUGACAUGGACAAGGCAUUUGGUCCCAGCUCUGAAUUUUCACUUAAAUUUGUGGGGACGUGAUUGUUGUCAAGUCCAAAAUAGAAAAAAAAAUAUAUAUACAAAUAUUCCUAGGUGCCAAUAGCAUUUAGCAUUUUCUUAGAUGAGAUAGGUUCUUAAACACCAGUCGGAUCUGCGUGUUCAGCAGCGGACACGUGCGCACCCACCCGCUCAGCCCCGUGUGCCGCGGUGCCGCGGGGCUGGGCUCUGCAGGACUGCUCAAUCCUGCAGCCCCGCACAGAGGCAGAGGCGCUUACCUUUAUGCACCGAUUAAUUCAAAGGGCGUGGUGCAUGAAGAUAAGCGGCCUUGAUUUUUUGCAGGAUCGGAGCUAUAGGCAGUAUUGAUUGAAUAAAGGAACGUGGCUCCUCGGUUAACCUGUUCCUUGCGGUAAACUGGUAAUUGUGCAGUUUGGGACUUACUGGGACAUUCUUCCAACGCAGACUGUGCAGACUGCUGCCAAUUGAACUCAACAGCAUUUGACAAAAUCCAUUCACCCUUUAGUUUGUGGGGUGCGUUUGCUUUAGGCGACUGUUUGACGGUAUGUUCUACGCUUCUUCAAAUGGUUAACCCAUACUGUUCAUAUCUGUUGGUCAAAUAUUAUUAUAUUUAUUCCCACCUUUAAAACGUGAAAAAUAAAUGGCUUAGCUCCAAGCAGUAUAACUGAAUAUUUAUAUUAAGAUCGUUGUCCACAUUGGAAACCCCGAAGUCUGUAACACCGUAAGUUCCUACUCAUGCAAUAACUCAGGUCUGCUAAUUACCAUUGCAUUGGUGACGUACACAGAAGCAAUGAUGCUCUAAUUAUACCGUUGCUGAUCCAGAUUAUACUAAUACUGAAUUAAAGGAUGUCUCACAACUUCUUGAACAAA